ACCGACCUGGUUCAAACCAUUUAACAUCAAAGAAAGCCAAUGCCGCGAAACCGAGGACGACCUCAGCUAAAGAAUUUUAUCGGAUCAUCGUCAAAGCCCUUCACUUCCGCGGGCUUCUACUAUUCAAGUUUCAACUCUGUUCUCCAGUGAGCAAAUGUCAGUCACAUUGCACACAAAUCUCGGCGACAUAAAGUGCGAGAUCUCAUGCGACGAGGUCCCCAAAACAGCAGAGAAUUUCCUGGCACUAUGCGCCAGCGGUUAUUAUGAUGGCACCAUAUUCCAUCGGAAUAUUAAAGGUUUUAUGAUUCAGGGGGGAGAUCCCACAGGCACAGGCAAAGGUGGAACUAGCAUAUGGGGUAAGAAGUUCAAUGACGAGAUACGGGAAUCACUCAAGCACAAUGCAAGAGGGAUACUUUCAAUGGCUAAUAGUGGGCCAAAUACUAAUGGGAGUCAAUUCUUCAUCUCAUAUGCAAAGCAGCCACAUCUGAAUGGAUUUUACACCGUCUUUGGCAGAGUUAUCCACGGUUUUGAAGUCCUUGAUCUCAUGGAAAAGACUCCAAUUGGACCUGGGGAUCGACCUCUUGCUGAGAUCCGACUGAAUCGUGUUACCAUCCAUGCAAAUCCUCUUGCUGGCUAGAUUAACGACAUGGGAAAACUUUUAAGUUCUUUAGUAUUCAGCUUCCUAUCCUCAUUGCAUUGCGUUGUUUUCUUCCUCAUAGAGAGGGCUCAAAAGGGUUUCUAGUGUUAAUUAUAGGAUACAGCUCUUGCACAUUGUAUAAAUCUUCCCCUCUAACUCUGCUAACUAUUGCCUAAAAAAAAGAAAAAAAAAAUGUUUUUGGACUAUUGUGUUUACUGUAGGAAUCAUGUAGUCUCGGGACGGAACAUGGUAAACCAUUACAAUGUACUUGUUAUGAAACAAAUUCGUAAAGGCCUAGCUGAGGAUACUUUUUAAUUUUGAA